AUGGAUUCCGGAGAAGAAAUAAAACCUUAUACGAUUAUUUCAGAUUUCGAUGAAGAGGAGUAUAGCAGCGUGUCAUGGGUUACUUCUGCUACAGAUUUGAAACCUGAAGAUAUAACUGACGAUGUUGACUCUGAAGAAAUUGUGUCUAGUUCUGUAUUUAACGACCUGAGCGAGUCCAUGUUCUCUACUGUCCCAGCUCCAUUUCCACCACCUAAAAUUAAUGAACAGGAUACACAGGAGCACUCAACACAUCAAUACACGCCAUCCGUUGAAAUCCCAGCAGCCUAUCCUAUGGUGAUAACAGUCACCGACGCAAAAAAAGAGCUUGAUGGCACCAAAGACGCUUUCAUUUCAUAUUUGAUAACUACAAAGACGACUCUGGAAACUUUUACUGCUUCAACAGUCGGCGUCAGACGAAGGUUUCAGGAUUUCGUUUUACUGCAUAAUGCCCUAACGAGAGAUUUCGCGGCGUGCGUUGUUCCUCCGUUGCCUGAUAAACAUCGAUUAGAAUACAUAACUGGUGAUAGAUUUGGGCCAGAAUUUGUCGAAAAACGCAGAGCAAGUCUGCAAAGAAUGUUGGAAAGAUUGGCUCGGCACCCAAGUCUGCAAAAAAGCGAAUACUUUAGAAUCUUUCUGGAAUCCAGAGAAUGGAAUAAUGAGUCUUUAAAUAGACAGAAAAAAGGUGAUGGUGUUUUAGAAAAUCUAGACCUGGAAGCAGAUUACAUCGAAUUCGGAUCAAGCAUCGCUGGUCUAGGACAACUCGAGACAGGAAUCCAAGAACCACUAGAAAGAUUCGGUAAGACGAUCGCAGAGUUUUCCGAUGCAUGGAAAAAAAUGACGGAGCGAGAGGAACAAGAAUAUAUGACCCAGAUUAGGGAUUUUUUGAAUUAUUGUCAUUGCGUUAAGGUGGGUGAGAAUGUACUAAAACUACGGGAUCAAAAACAAGUGGAUUUUGAAGCGUUGUCGGAUUACCUGCAAAGCGCCACGAUAGAACACGAAAAUUUACUAAGUACGGGCAAGUCGUCCACAGGAUUCUCGGCUUAUGUGCGUGAAAAAGUCGAUAAUAUAAAAGGAGUGGAUCAUGAGCAGGUCAAAAAAGAAAGACUUGCAAAAUUAGAAACAAAAAUCACCGAGCUUAAAGAAGAGGUUGAAAGCAGCAAUGAUAUUUCGAAUGCAUUUUCUAAUGAAGUUGGAAAAGAAUAUGAAGUAUUUCAGAUUGCAAAAAAUGCCGAGUUGAAGGAGUGCUUACUUGCAUACACCGAUAGUCACGUGGAAUUUUAUAAACAGGGGAUUAAUCUUUGGGAAGAAAUUAUUCCCAUGUUAGAAAAGGUCUAA